AUGGGCAUUUCUUUUCUAUGCGGUCUUCUCUCAAUACUGCUUUUGUCGUUGGCGGUUGUUUCGAGCUCGUGGCGAUCCCAUGAAUUCAAGUUCCAAGAUCGCAAUGGCAACAACACAAUCUCCGUAUUCUGCAGUCUUGACAGUGUUCGCCGCAUUCACCAACUGAAACGGUUCAACGAAACAGGGACUCUGUACCUACUUGAUAAGCCGAGGAAAUACUCGGAUCUUAUCGGCAGUCCGUAUUGCUUGGAAGACCCUGACAGCGCUCAAAGGAGCGAUCACUCGCUUCCCCUUCCUUCUUCGAAAAAAUCUGAUGACCCUGCACAAGAAAAGAUUGUGGAAGUUGAAGGUCUCCGUCCUGAACCCUCCUCACGUCGACUCUCUGAGACUGAAGGCCAAGACGCUCGUGACAUUGAUGGGCUUCUCGAAGGCGGCGAAGAGCCAGAAGACCUACACAUUGACCAUAGUUUUCUCACGAAUGGGGAAGAAAUGUAUAACGGAACCUCCACUUUGCCUGCUGACCACAGCCUCGCCCGCAACAGCACGCUCUCAGAGGCGGACGCUGCGAACACCGGUGUUGAUCUAGAAACGGUGUCACCCCGGAUGGGCACUCGGGAAAACAAACAUGGAAACGAGGGACUUUUUCUGAGCGACUGGGCUCUGGCGCCCUUUCAGGUCAUUUUUGGACGAGAUCCUGCUGCUUCAGGCAACAUGACAGAGGAUAUGGCACGCGUUCGUCGAACGUUGCUGGGCCCUGCAGUUUAUGAGCUCAAUUGCCGUUAUUUGCCGGAUCUGAAGAAGGCAGGAGAAGCAUUAUGGUCGAUGAUCAUCCCAGCUUUCGUCUUCUCAGCCCUGGGCCUCCUAUGCAGCUGGCUGUGCACCACCUGGGGGCGAAUGCUGACCGGCGGCAUGAUUCCCCCGACGUUUGCGUUGAAAACUCUCGGCGGUCUUUCAUGGGUUAUAUCGCUUGCCUUAUUGGUUGCCGGACUGGGAACAUGGGGAACCAUGUCCGAUGUCGCCGCUUGCGUUAGCGCCGCGGGGGGUUCCACGGUAUGCAAGGUCGGCAUCUCUAGUGGUAUCGCGGUGAUUGCGUUGGCGCUGAAUCUGCUGGCAACAAUUUGGUUUGCUGUCCACUUCACCGAUCGUCACAUCACUGACUUGAAGCUGGGGGAUUCAGACGAGCACACUGGUAAUUCCUCAGCCUUCGAAAAAGAACUGGCCGAACAUCAAGGUGCUGAAUAUGAUCUAGAAGCCGGCCAACAUGGCAAGCAGCGACACUCCUCUGAAGGCCGCUACAAUCCCAAAAUCGUCGUCAGGAACCCAGAGGAAUUAACUUCAUCCGGUUCUGCGGCUAGCAAUAACGGUGACUACCGACAAGGAGCCCGGAACCAUCUGCGGAACCUUAUCCGCCAGAUUACGCAAUUAGCGAGUACCCUGUUGUUGAAGCUCUUACCUCCCGUCAUCGUUGCCUUGGCUCCAGCAAGUCUUCAGCCCGCCGCACCUCCGGCAGCUGCCAUCAUCGCCACAACGAUUUCGGAGGCGGUCUUGGAAUUGUCAGAGAGAAUCUAG